AUGGUGCAUUUUGUCUGUAUUGUUAUCUGUUUAAAUCAAAUUGCGGAGGACAAUCUUGUGGUGAUUCAUUUGUUGGUCAAGGAUUCAGAAAUUUCAAAAAUGGAAAAGCAAAACUUUAUACUCAUGUUGGAGGUCCAUCUAGUGUUCACAAUCAAGCUAGGAAAAUGGCUUGCUUUUCGUGGUGAUGAUGAAUCUGAAGACUCGAGUAAUCGAGGUAACUUUCUUGAGGUUUUAAAAUUUCUUGCUGAUCAUAAUGAAGACAUCAAAGCAGUUACAUUAACAAAUGCUCCUGAAAAUUUAAAAUUAACAUCACCUGAUAUUGAGAAAGAUAUUGUGAGGGCUGCAACUUUUGAAACACUUGAUAUCAUUAUUAAAGAAAUUGGAGAUGCAUUGUUUUCUAUUUUAGUUGAUGAAUCUCGUGAUAUUUCAACUAAGGAGCAAAUGGUUGUUGUGUUGCGAUAUGUAGAUAAAGAUGGGCGUGUGAUUGAACGAUUUGGGGGAAUUGAACAUGUGGCCAAUACCACAGCUGUGCCACUUAAAGGUGCUAUUGAUAAAUUAUUUUCUAGAUAUGGAUUAAGCAUAUCUAAAUUGCGAGGACAAGGUUAUGAUGGGGCAAGCAAUAUGCAAGGGGAGUUCAGUGGUCUUAAAACUCUUAUUUUGAAUGAGAAUGCAUCAGCUUUUUAUGUUCAUUGUUUUGCCCACCAACCUCAACUUGCUCUUGUAGCUGUCAGAAAGAAACAUAUUCUAGUUGCAUAUCUUUUUAGUGUGGUAACUAUGGUGAUAAAUGUCGUUGGAUGUUCUUCUAAGCGUUGUGAUAUUCUUAGAGAAAAGCAAGAUGUUAUUAUUUCCGAAGCACUCAUGUGUGGUGAAAUUUCAAGUGGAAGAAGGCUAAAUCAAGAAACCAAUCUUAAAUGUCCCGGUGAUACUCGUUGGGGUUCACAUUAUUCUACAUUGAGAAAAGAUCAAGAUAUUGCAAAUGCCAUGAAAUUAGUGGAAAUUUGCAAGAAAAGAUUACAAGCAAUGAGAGACAAUGAAUGGGAUUCCUUUCUUAAUCAAGUCUCAACCUUUUGUGCUAAAUAUAAUGUGGAUGUUCCUGAUAUGGAUGAUACAUUUGUUGCCCAAGGUCGAUCACAACGCAAAACUCAAGAAAUGACAAAUUUACAUCAUUAUCGUGUGGAAUUCUUUUUUGUUGUUAUUGAUAUCCAACUUCAAGAGCUAAAUGAACGUUUCAAUGAGCUUUUGACAAAAAAAAAGUUGGCCCGGUUUGCUGAGUAUUAUCUCAAAAAAAUUUCUACCUUUGAGCUUAUGAUACUCGAUGAUCAACUUGAAACUUACAUUAUCGAUGUACGUUCUACUGAGAAUUAUGGCGACAAAAAGAAGCAAGAGACUACUUCUCAGCCAAAUGAUAAUCAUGUCUCCAUUGCUAAAGCUUCUUCACGUAAUACUCAUCCAAAUCACAAAGCCAUUGUCGUUGCAUCCACUUCCGCUGCUGUCCAAACAACAACUCAAGAAUUGAGCUCUGAAUGCCAACACCUUAUUUCAUUGUUGAGCCAACAACUUCAACAAGGUGCUACUCGUACUGAAUAUCCCCAACAUCAAACCCCUGUUGCCUCUAACUUUUCAGGUAACAACUCUUCCAUUUCGACUAAAUCUUGGAUAGUAGAUAGUGGUCCUACUCACCACAUAUGUCAUGAUACAACAUGUUUUGCUAACAUUUAUUAA